AUAUACUUUCACUUUAAAUUUUGUUUGUCUGCUGUUAUUGAUUUAUAACAGUCAAAUGAACAAAGAAAACUGUGAUCUGAUUGUUAAUCAACUGUUGGUUAUGUUUUGACAUCAUGCUGUGAUCUGAAAAAUGAAACUUACUCAGAUGAUUUGGUUUAAUUUGUUAGCAACAGCUUUGUGAUUCUGUUGCAUUACAUUACAGCAUUAUUGUGCAUAACAGCAUUAUUUAUUGGUGGCAUCCAGAAUACACUGCAAAAUGCUUUAAAAUUGUCACCAUUAUUGCGAAUCACAUGCUGAUUCUUGAUGUCAAUUUCUUGAAGUUUCAAGAAAUUAUUUAGAUUACAUUGUAAAAGUUAAGAAUAUUGUGAUUUUCAAUGACAGUGUUGUAACAAUAAACAAUAAAGUAAAUUUAACUCAGAAAUUGGGCUCUACUCAGGUCAAAAGAUUGUGAAAUGAUGACAAUGUUAAACAGCGGGCACCAUCAAAUCACCUUUUCUCUUUGUUCAUUUGGCUGUAACAGAAGUGGAAAUACAAUAACCGAACAAGUUCUAAAAUAAAUGACUUAAGGCUCAAGAGCCCAACUAAAGCAAACACUGAUCUCCAUAAUGGUAACCAAUUACGAUGUUCUCCUUCAGAGAUUCUGAUGUUAUGACUUCAAAAGAAACACAGAGUUGCUUUAGGCUACUCAUUGUGAUAGAUGAUUAAAGGAAUUUGGCAUUUGUGUUUUCUCAUAUUUAAACUCCUGUGAAAGAAGUCAUGACUGGACAAUUUCAUGAUCCUAGUCACCCUGAUGUGCUAAAAAAAAGGUAAAUAUUAAUUGGGAAUAUCCUUCAAAAGUAUUUUACUCGCAAAAUAUUCUAGGGGUGCCAAAAAUUGUGAACUACAGAUUUUUUUACUGCAAAAUACACGGUAACAGUUGCAUUUUCUGGAACUGAAUGAGCAAAGGGUUUUGGUGGAAGGUUUUCCUAGGAGGGCUAGAAAGACUUUGCAGGGGCCCACGGAUGAUCCAAAGAGGCCAGCUGGGGAGAUGGGCGCGUCAAGGAACGCGGAGCGCUACGUUUCCCGGAAUCUCAGAUAACAUCAGCCAUUGGUGGCGAGAGAAGCCAUGUUCCUGCACAAUGGGAAACAGGCACAUAAUGGCCAGUGCAGCAGAUUUCACGGAGCGAAGAGCCAGAAAUCAAUGGGGGCAAAAAUCACAUUGGCAGUUACACACUCCUCACCCUCAAGAACCAUCAGACAUUCAGACGUGACCAACAUGAAGCUUUCUAUCUCUGCACUUAUUGCACUGAGUUGCAUUUAUUGGAAGGUCUCUGGAAAGCUGGUGGAGGUGGUGGUCAGUCCUGGAGAUAAUGCUACUCUACACUGUGACUGUGAGUUAAUCACAGGACAGGAAAUUCAAUGGGUCAAGAUCUGGUCUCCACAAAUCCAACAACCUCUGACCAUCUCUGCAUACAAGAGCCUUUUUGAACCCAUUCCUCGAUUCUCUCUGUCCUGGAACAAUACUUCAAAAUCCUAUGACUUAGUGAUCGAGAACAUCACUGAAGCAGACCUUGGUCUCUACUAUUGCUCAAAGGUAGAGACCAAGAUGACUGAAGAGGAUGGAAAAAUGGCAGAGAAAGAAUGGUCCCAAGCUGCCAAAAAUGUUAUAAAUCUCACUUACGGUUCGACUGAAAGCCCUUCUGAGCCGGUCUGUGACUGCUGGCAGUGCUGGAUGAUACUUCAAACAUUGUGUCCUGCAUGUUCUCUUCUCUCGGCCAUUUUGGCUUUUGUCUGUGGAUACAGCUGCUGCCUCAAGACAGUGCUAAAGGAGUCUGAACCUCAUCAAAGCAGCUCUGAGAUGCAAAGACAGUUGAGCCAAGAAGAGGAUGUCCAUAGUGAAGUUUGUUAUGCAUCACUGGACAUCCCCAAAGGAGGAAACCAACGGAAAAAGAGCAUCCGAUUCCCAAACUCGGACUUCAGUGUGUACAAUGAUGUAAAAAUGCACACUCAGGUGAAGGAUAAUGUACAGUCAGCUGGACAUAUAGCAAAAUAAACCCAAAUUUCAUUGAAAAAAUCAAGACCUAUAAAUUAUCCACAAUUAUGGUUAUCAAACAAAUAAAUAUUUGAAAUACUGAUGUUGAUAAAA